AAGCAGAGAGACUCGGAAUGGUAAAAACAACACGCAAAAGCCAACGCACAAGAAAACAAAAAAAAGGUGAAUCACAAACGUCAAAUGAAGAAAAUUUUGCGCCGACGUUGAGGUGAAAAAAGGCAAAACGUACGCGCCGUGCUGAAAUAAUUGGCUUUCGCGCGCGGGUUAUUCGGUGGCCAUUCCGCGGAACUCCCGCUCCGCCACCAUGACGGAGUUUUGCGACGACGUAAUUAAGCUGUUCCCGCUGCGGACCAUCCAGGAUGUGAUCAAGCUGUUUCGGCAGCAGCUGAACAAUCGGGACGACGAUCCGGACCUGACGCUGCUGUCGAUCGUGACCGGACUGAUCGAGCACUCGCUGACCACCAAGGUGCUGGAAUCGUCGGGACCAGCGGGUGUGCAGCCGCACAUUGAAGUCAUAAGCAACUUCCCGGUCAUCAAGUACGACGUCAUAGAGGCACUGUACAAGAAGUUUAAAGCCGUGCUGGCACCGAUCGAGAAGCUGCUGGUCAAGACGGACUCCAAAUUUGCGAGUCGGGAGAUCAUCAAGAAGGUGUCCGACAUUAUUUGGAACUCGCUGCUGCGAAGUUCGUACAAAGACAGGGCUCAUCUGCAGAGCUUGUACAGCUAUUUGUGUGGAAACAAGUUGGACUGCUUCGGGGUUGCGUUCGCCGUGGUGGCCGGCUGCCAGAUGUUGGGAUUCCGCGACGUACAUCUGGCCAUUUCCGAGGAUCACGUGUGGGUAGUUUUCGGCAAGACCGGUGACGAAACCAUCGAAGUGACCUGGCACGGCAAGGGUGCCGAAGACAAACGUGGCCAGUCGGUUGCUCCGGGCGUCGAGUCCCAAACGUGGCUUUACGUGGCCGGCCAUCCGGUCGUUUGCAAUCGCUACAUGGAGGUGGCGGCCAUCGUUUCCGCCAUCAACCCCUCGUUGACUGCCACGAGCGCUUGCUUGGAAGUCGCGGACUUGCAGCAGCAGUUGCUGUGGCAGCUGUACGACAUGGGUCACCUGAAGAAGUACCCGAUGGCGCUGGGCUGCCUCGGGGAACUGGAGGAAGUUUCGCCGACCGCGGGCCGACGCAGCUGCGAGGAUCUGUACAACGAGUCGGUGCGGUCGGCGCAGAUCUGCUACAAGAACCAUCACGUCUAUCCGUACACGUAUCAGGGUGGAUUCUACUACCGGCGGAACAAGUACCGGGAGGCGUUUGCCUCGUGGGCCGACAGCAGCGACGUCAUUAGACUCUACAACUACUCCCGGGACGACGAGGAGAUCUACAAGGAGUUCCUGGACAUUGCGAAUGAGCUGAUCCCGCAGGUGAUGAAGUUGGAGAGUUCGGGCCACUCGGCGCGCAGUAUCCUGCGGGAUUCGCACUGCUUCGCGAACCUGCUGCGCUUCUACGACGGUAUUUGCUGCUGGGAAGAGGGCAGCCAGACGCCGAUUCUGCACAUUGGCUGGGCCAAGCCGCUGGUCGCGACGAUCGCCAAGUUUGACCACGACAUCCGGUCGCAGGUCGUGAUCCGGUGCAGCGAGCAGAGCCCGCGGACGUUUCACGCCAACGGGAAUCUGGGAGCCGUGGAGGAGCCGGGCAAACCGCUGACCAACAACAAUAACAACAUUGUGUGCAAGGCCGAUGCGAAUCUGGAAAACGGGAAGGCUAGCGGGCUGCCCAAGUCGCUGGAGGCUCUGGUGGGUAAGUGUGGCGAGAAGCUGCUGAAUCCGGACUUUUUGCUGCAGGGAGGAGGCCAGCCGUUCACCUCGGAAGACGGUGGAGAAGCGGCGGCCGGAGAGACCAACGGAACCACGAGGAGUAGCCGGAAGCUGGCGGCGGUCGCGGAGAAGAAAGAAUCCGGCAACGGUAAGGUAGAGUGUAAGGUGGUUGAGCCGAAGAAGGAGUCACUCGAGCUGGUUGACUCCGAAGACGGAGGCCCCAAACGGCCCAUGAUUACUCUGUACAGCCAGAAGAUGAAGGGUCUGAAAGACCUGCUGCUGGCGGAGAAGCUCAACACGAACGCCAUCUCGCUGCAAAUUACGGCCCAGAGCCAGGUGCAAGUGGGGGGCAAAAAGUCCCGCUCACAAACGGGCGGGGCUCUCGGCGGGACGCCAAACGAGAACGAGGCCAACACUCGUUCCAAGCGCGCCCGGCGGGAGUAAAUCGAUCCCGCUUGACAACAAACGGAAACAUUCCCAGAGUUCUGUUUUAAAUUGCGGUCGCAGGGUGGACGUGGAAUAGCAUUCAAUGUUGCAUGCAAGUUAGCAUUACGAUGACGCUAGAUGGCAGCGUGAUCGCGAAGAAGGUAUUCGUCGCUACUGUUCUCGUUGCAUGGAAGGGGGAGAUUCCACGUCUGCUCGCCUGCGCGCUCAACAUUGAUCUUUUUGUGAUUAUUUUUAAACUAAUAGUACUACGCGCUCUUACUUGGUAUUCCGCGAGUGCGCUUGUAAAGUGCACCGCGCUUUUAUUCCGUUAAGGUUGAGAUUUGUUUUUUAAUUGUUUCACACUAUCUCUGCAUUCUCGAGCAAGCAUUGUGAUGCUGUUUUUUAAACAAAAAACAAAAAAAAACUUAUUUAUAUUUAUAAUCGUUAACUUAUUCUACCCUUCUUUACACUGUUUCUAUUGUUUCUAUUUAUUGAAGUUUUCGUUGUUGAUGCAUGAGUGCGUGAGCAUUUCUAGCGAGGCGGGCUUCCUUCUAAAGGCAAACAAAAAUCCCGCCUCAAAUGAGCUAUGUCAAAUUUCUUGUUUAAAAGCAAAACUCUAUUGCGACCUCCGACCAAACACAAGAUUAAAUCUAGUCCGGUCCGGAGGAUCGCGUACAAACAAUUACAAAAUGAAUGAAAGAGAAUCGGGUGACGGAUGAGCGGAAGAAAGAGUAACCUCAAUCAUUAGGACACACACACAGGACACAUCUCAAAACACAACAACCGGAAAUUGAAAGUACAAAAGCUUGCUAAAAUUUUCCCUUAGAAAACAAAAUCACGGAAAACGAAAUGUCUUAUCAAAAUUUACCUAGGUAAUGACCACAAAUAAAUCUUAAAUUGAACAAAAUAGGAGGAAAAACCACUAAUCGGGUGUACCUUACAUUGGAUAAUAAGAUUUAUAGAAAAUAAUAACAGCAGAAAAAUUGGAAUCGGACACAAGGACAAUUGGAUGCGCAAAGGACAUGGAAUGCAAUACAUUAUUUGGACGAGCGUUACGUGAUUGAGUGGAAUGAAAAUGUUUGGACAGAAAAUAGGAGUUAUGGAAAUAGCAAAAAAAAACUAAAUGUUUUUGUUUUCGAUGUUUGUUACGUACCUACUUGGUGAGCUUUCGAUUGGUAUCAAAAAUAUAUUUUAAAAAUCUAAAUAUUAUCUACCAUAUAUUCAACCUUAGAGUAAUUAAGAAAAAAUGCAAUGAAAUUUUUCGAUUGUAUCACGAUUCAACUUGGUUUAAAGUUGCUAUCAUUGGUUGGUGUCCAGAAUAAACAUUAUAUUGUUUCAAUCACAAACCCAUCAAAAAUAUUAAAAACAGAAAUUCAUGUUUAAAUUAAUGCUUGAAAGUUUAUCAAUAAAUGAUAAAAAAUUUAGCACAGACACCAACCAAUGAAAGUUACAGAAUUUUAUUUUUAAUUAGAAAACAUUAAAAAAAAUCACAGUUCAAUAGAAAACCCAUUUUUUUGCUUCUCUAAGACAAGAAUUUGAUCUUAGAGAAACUUGCUACACUGACACAUUUAAGAUUGGAAUUUUGUGGUACGCUCUUUUUUAAUAUUUACAUUUCCGAUCCUGAAACAUUCCCGAAACGGGCUUAAAUUUUUCGCAAGCACAAUGUUGUUGCAGGCAAUUAUCUUUUGUUUUUAAUUAGCUUACCUAAAUGCCGACAUUUGUAUUCAGGUUUGUUGAAUUUCAGCAAAGCCGUUCUACGCAUAAUUGUCCCAUGUUCAAAAAAGGGCAACUGAGAAAAACGCGAUUGAAAUAUUUCGAUCGAUUUCUGUGUUUCUACGCAUAAUUGUCCCGUGGGUCCAUAUUCCCCGUAACCACCCCGGUUAACAUUUUAUCACCCUUAUUCGUGAUCCUCUUGCAGGUAAACAAGAUAAAAUGCUUCGUAAAACUCAUGAUUUCGUGAUAGAAAAUACUUGGUGGGACAAUUAUGCGUAGAAGUUCAACGAUGGGACAAACAGACUUUGUGUUGUUUUCAAUGAUUUUCUAAGCAAAGUAAUAUAUUUUAUGUUUUUUUCUGAAAGUAUACGAAAAACUAAACUUAAAAUUGAUGAAAAGUCAGAAUCGUCCAAAAUGACAUGGGACAGUUACCCAAACAUAAAUAUUUCUCCUUGCAAAACUUGCAUGCAAGUUGCUAUAAAGAUGUCAAAUUUCAGUAAAUUGAGAGUAUGUUAGUGAUAAUUUUUUAUCAAAUGAUAAAAAAAAUCAUUUUUGAAAAGUAGAGAAAAAAUUUCUACAAAUCUACUGAUGCAAGAACCAUACAAAUUUGCUGCCGGAUACGUUACAAUAUUUUUUAAAAGGGCGUAGCUCAAAACUGUGAGGUUUUAAGAAACCCAUAAACUCAAAAAUUAGUCAAUAGAAAUCACUAACUGUUUGUAUAACGCUGUAGUAAGUUUUAAAUUUAUGAAAAGAUAUUUCCCGCAUCACUGUUUGUAAAAUUUCGAUUCUUUAACGUUUUUUUACAUAUAUUUCAUCAAAUUCCAAUGCAAUAUUUCUUUUAUUGUGCUAUUCAACAUCUUUUGUACAUGUAGUUUUGACAGAUUCAGUGUUUGUCACAAAAAGCGGUCAAAUUUUUUUUUUCCAUUGAAGUUCAUGAAAAUGUUACCGCAAUGGAAUACCUGUUUCAAUAAUAUAUUUUUCCCAUAUCACUUCUCAAAGUAAUGUGAUAAAACAUCACAAUUCGAGCGAACUUUAGUCCUUUUCUGCUGAAUCAGUUAGAUUCCUUAAGAAACAGUCACUUUCCUGUAGUUUUUACCUGUUUUUACACACACUCACUGUACGAAAAGUACCUCUCUUUAUGCCUAGUAUGUAGAAAUAAAUAAUAACACACACACACACACACACACACACACACACACACACACACACACACACACACACACACACACACACACACACACACACACAGCAACAAAGUUUCAACGAUUAUUCCACUUGUAUUAAAAUGGUAUUCCAUUACAGGAAUCUUAAAUCUACCUUUACACUUUUUCACAGUUUUCUAGCUUCUUAAAAAAAAAAUUCAGAAAACUGGAACUGUUAAAAGAAGUAAAAAGUCUUGGCUUAUAUAUUUUUUAAUUAGUAUUCAUAAAAAAAUCAAACUUUUGAAACUCUGUGUGGGAAGAGAGAUUCAUUGCACAAUACACAGAAGAUUACACAAAUACAGAACACUCGAAAGAGCAAUUAGUUGUGUAAGUUUUUUACUAGAUCAUCCAGACUUCAAUAAUCAAAAUAAUACAAACGAUAGUUUGCAGUCAUUUAGCGCAAUAGUAAACAAAACAAAAACACACGAACUGAUUAUUAUUAUUUCCUAGAGGCAGAUGGUUAAGCUAAUUCUUAUUUUUUGACGAUAUCCACAAAACCAACAGUACAACAGUGUGCGUUCUUUUUUAUGUUUAAUUAAUUGUCCAACAAUUACACAAGACACACACAAGUGUUAGUCGAUAAGUAACCAAGCCGUGCUAUAAAACUAAACUGUAAACAUCAUCGUACUAAAUUUUGCGAAGCAAAAUGCAAAAAGCCAUCGAAACAGAAAACACAAGCAUCAUACUGAUCAUCAUCACACGGUAAAGAAGGUCUUUAUUCUUACCCAGAGGCUAUACCUAGGUUUUUUUGAAUUGAUGCACGCUCCCAGAAAGCAUCCACUGGGCAAAUCUGUUAAAAACUAAUUUUAAACUCUUUAAAAUUAAAUAAGAAGAAAAAACUUUUCCGUACUUGUUGAAUUCUGCAAUUCUAAUUUGUAAAAAUCGCUAUGCCAGGGAAGAGAAAGGGAUCUCAUGCCUGAUAAAGGUAGGAGAAUGUUUGUCACUAGAGAGAAGCAAACGAGAGAACGGAAGAGUGUGUCAAAGAGAGAGCAUAACAUAUGUAAUUUUGUGUCAGAGAGGAAAACUUUGGUGAAGUUGGUAUUCCACUACGGGAAGUUUUGACAUUAUCUGAGUUUCUCGAUUUUUUUUUUGAGACUUCUGGGAAAUUUUUCAAUUGACAUUUAAACGUGUGGUAAACAAAUCUGAAAGAUUCACUUGUUUGCAAACCAAGUUUUUUUUUUAAUGGAAUACCACCUUAACCAUUUAUCUCUCUACAAAUAUUUUGAAAGUGUAAAAGUUAUUCCUACAGACAUUGUAUAAUUCUGCAAGUACGCAACCACACCUAGAAACUAUUAAAAUACGCUUCAACAGUUCUUUAAAAAAACAAUUGUUUUUAUGUUGUGCCUAGCAAUCGCACCGUUGCGCAAUUCGAUGAAUCCUAGUGUUUGUUUUCCCUCUCUCAAUAAGCGUAAGUUUUAACCUGUAUAAAGUAUAUUUGUAGCGAGUUUCGAGGAGGGAGGAAAUCACAUCAAAAGCAUUGAGAAAAUGCCUAUCAUAAAAGAAAAAAAAACAAAAAGGUAGAAAGCAAAAACAAACACUUAACAAUACAGCAUACUAUUGGUAAUAUAUCGUAUAGUUAACUGUGAUCAGUAUAUGAAAUUUGUUUGGAAAAAGAAAAAAAAACAAUAAUAUUACUUGCAACUGAAAAUAAAACAACACUUCAUAACAACUUUAGAUACCUUGACGAUUGUAAACGAUAAAGAUUUUGCAGAGGAAAACACUGCACAAUGAAUAUACAGAACACUAAAUAAAGGAAAAGAUAAUAGACUUGCAAAAACACAUGUAAGAAAGAGGACAGAGAAGAAUACACAAUAUAAAAUUCUAUAUAUUUUUGAGAUACUAUUCAUAUAUUUAUAUAUUAAAAAUGUGAAGAAGAUAAAGGAAGAGAAAAACACACACAAGACAAAAGCAAGCACUUAACGAAAUGUUUUGGUUUUCUUUGAACAAAAAAAGGUACCAACUAACACACACUUUUUCAAAAUAUGGUAUGCUGCAUAAACAUUGAUUUUAAACACACAUUAGUUGGCACUAUCAGUAGUAGAAGAAAAUUAUCCCAAUAGUUGAAAAUUGAUGUUGAAAUUUGUAAAAUGAAGUUACUUUGCCGCGAGAAAAAGAAAACACGAAAUAACUAUUUAGUUUCUAAGCUUAAGCAAAUAACUGAUUGUUGAGUAUGCAAUAACCGGGCCAACGUCCAGGUGGUAAAAUGUUUGGUUUAUUGAAGAAGAAAAAAGUUACAAAAAUCUGCAAUAUAUAUACACAAAACACUCAUAAACACCCAAACUUAAAUAACAUGAAAACAAAAACAACACAGUGGACAAAAGAAAAACAAGCAGUAAUAGAGCAAAACACAAUCAUUUAUUCACCCCCCGUACAGCAAAUUUCAAUAAUCGAUCCAGUAAAUAUCUUAUAGAAACUCAGCAAACUCACUAAGAAAUCCAGUAACAGAAGCAAACAGUAAAGUGGUUACGCAAGGUGAAGCAUCACCGUUUGUAGGACAUCAACACAGAGUUGAUGGUACGGAAAAGAUCCAGGCGCUAUGAUAUAGGUUACAGAUGGAAAUAAACUGAUUCACUCGGUGAAUAAUAGCAUCAACAAAAAGGGCAA